AUGAAUAGAGGAAGAGGAGGAUUUAGAGGUGGACGUGGAGGAUCAUUUGGCGGAAGACCAAAUAAUUUUCAACAAGGACCACCAGAUACGGUGUUAGAAAUGGGAUCAUUUAUGCAAGCAUGUGAAGGAGAUAUAGUGUGUCGUUCUAUAAAUGUUAAAAUACCAUAUUUCAAUGCACCAAUAUAUUUAGAAAAUAAAACACAAGUUGGUAAAGUUGAUGAAAUAUUGGGACCUUUAAAUGAAGUAUUUUUUACUAUAAAACCUAGUGAAGGUGUAAAAGCAGAAUCAUUCAAAGAUGGAGAUAAAUUUUUCAUAGGACCAGACAAAUUGUUACCAUUAGAAAGAUUUUUGCCUAAACCUCCAUCACUUGGACCAAAACCUAAAAAGAAAGCUGGAGCAGGAGGUGCUAGUGCAAGAGGAGGAAGAGGAGGAAGAGGUGGCAGUCGUGGUGGAUUUGGAGCCAGAGGCGGAGGUAGAGGUGGAAGUCGUGGAGGUGGCUUUUCAGGAGGUCGUGGUGGCGGUCGUGGAGGAUUCGGAAGAGGUGGUGGAAUAUCAAAACCAAGUAGAGGAGGAUUUAGAGGUGGUAGAGGUGGUCGUUAA